UCCGCAUUGGUUGAUGACGUCACGUGUAAACGGCGACUCUUUCUCGUCUACACUUGUGGUGGAAGAGGGUUUUUCGUUCAAGAUGCUCGCCGCCGCCGCAAUUAGGGUCCUUUUGGUAGCAGCUUUUAUUCAUCCAAGCUAUGCACUCUAUUUCCACAUAGGAGAGACGGAGAAAAAAUGCUUUAUCGAGGAAAUUCCAGACGAAACCAUGGUUAUCGGUAAGCUUUGUAGCUCGGCAAAGCUAAUGUCCUCCUCACGGCUACCCACAGGCCUUAACCCGUGCAUUUUUCUAACCACAAGCUUUCCGAUGUUGCAGAGAGUGCAUCUGGAUAUUCAGGUCGGAGAGCAUACCAAUAACUACCCUGAAAUUGCAGCCAAGGACAAACUGACCGAAUUGCAGUUGCGUGCCAGACAGCUUCUGGAUCAGGUGGAACAGAUCCAGAAGGAGCAAAAUUACCAAAGGUAUCGAGAAGAGCGCUUCCGUAUGACCAGUGAGAGCACCAACCAACGGGUCCUCUGGUGGUCCAUUGCCCAGACGGUCAUCCUCAUCGUCACCGGCAUAUGGCAGAUGAAGCACCUUAAAAGCUUCUUCGAAGCUAAGAAACUGGUUUAGCCGGAUGUGUGAAGAAGAGCAGUGAUGGGGAGCAACAGACAAGACUCCUUUGGAGACAGACUUGAAUGACUGGAACGAAAACUUGCCGCGCAAGAAUUCAGACGGCGACUUUUUUUUCGUUGCAUAUCGGCCAUAAAUGAUGAAGGAAUGUGCAAAUUCUAAAAGGCAGUACUCACUAUUUUAUAACACCACAACAUCUGAGUUGCCUUUCUUCGUCUCUCUUUAUUUUAUUUUUUUAUUUGCUUGACACCACUGGGUAUCUUUUGGUUCUGCAAAAAAAGCAGGUUUUACUCUUUUUUUAGUGUUGUAAAUGUUUUCUUUGGGGUUUUGUAACCAGUAGAAAUAUUCCAAUUUCCCAGCAUGUAAUUUCCGUUUAGACUUGUGCAUACACAUUCAACAAAUAAAUGGCAACCAGCUGGAAUGCAAGGAGGCAUUAAAAAGUUG